ACCAGGAAGAAGUGGCCAGUGUUUUUGCUCUGUGUGGGAAACCGUCGUUCGAUUACCGUACCCUCUUAAACAAUUUUCGCCUCGCUUUCGAUAUAUUCAGCGGGGAUUUGAUCGUGAGGGUCACCCAGUUGCCUAGGAGAGCCCGAGGCCUGGUUGGGAGGUCUAGGCCGCAGCUGCUAUGCAUGACGCUUUUGAGCCGGUGCUGAUUUUGGAGAAGCUGCCCUUGCAGAUAGAGUGCCUGGCAGCCUGGGAGCAAUGGCUUCUUGUCGGAACAAAACAAGGGCAUCUCCUGUUAUAUCGCGUGAAGAAGGAGCAGGGAUGCAACCAGUUUGAAGUGACUUUGGAGAAAUCGAACAAAAACUUUGCAAAGAAGAUUCAGCAGAUUCAUGUUGUUCCUCAAUUUAAGAUCCUCGUCAGUUUACUCGAUAAUAAUGUUUGUGUCCACGACUUACUGACGUUCCAGCAAAUGACUACAAUUUCAAAGGCCAAGGGAGCUUCUCUGCUUUCUUGCGACCUUCAACACUCAGCCUCAGGAGAGGAGACAUUGAAGAUGUGUGUGGCUGUGCGGAGAAAGUUACAACUAUAUUUCUGGAAGGACCGUGCAUUUCACGAGCUUCAAGGAGACUUCAGUGUCCCAGAUGUUCCUAAAUCCAUGGCAUGGUGUGAUAACUCAAUCUGUGUGGGAUUCAAAAGGGACUAUUACCUUAUCAGGGUGGACGGAAAAGGAUCCAUCAAAGAGCUGUUUCCAACAGGGAAACAGCUGGAGCCGCUGGCCGUGCCGCUGGGUGACGGGAAAGUUGCGGUUGGACAGGAUGACCUUACCGUUGUGCUGAACGAGGAGGGCACGUGUACACCCAAGUGUGCCCUAAACUGGACAGAUAUCCCUAUGGCUAUGGAGCACCAACCUCCGUAUAUAAUCGCCGUGCUGCCCAGAUACGUGGAGGUCCGAACGUUUGAACCAAGGCUGCUGGUGCAGAGUAUUGAGCUGCAGAGACCUCGCUUUGUCACAUCUGGAGGUGCUAACGUUGUGUACGUUGCCAGUAAUCAUUUUGUCUGGAGGCUGGUUCCGGUGUCCAUUGCCACUCAGAUACAGCAGUUGCUCCAGGAUAAGCAGUUUGAGCUUGCGCUGCAGCUGGCGAGAAUGAAAGACGAUGCAGACACCGAGAAGAGGCAGCAGAUCCACCACAUUCAGAACCUUUAUGCCUUCAACCUCUUCUGCCAGAAACGAUUUGAUGAGUCAAUGCAGGUUUUCGCCAAAUUGGGCACUGAUCCUACUCACGUUAUUGGCAUGUACCCAGACCUAUUACCCUCUGAUUACAAGAAGCAGCUUCAGUACCCUAAUCCAGUACCGGUACUCUCUGGAGCAGAACUGGAAAAAGCCAAUCUAGCUCUCAUAGAUUACUUGACCCAGAAAAGAGUCCAUCUGGUAAAGAAGCUGAAUGACUCUGACCACCAAUCCACCACCUCCCCUCUCAUGGAGGGAACGCCAACCAUCAAAUCUAAGAAGAAACUCUUGCAGAUCAUAGACACCACUCUGCUCAAGUGCUUUUUGCAUACCAAUGUGGCCCUGGUGGCUCCUCUUUUGCGACUGGAGAACAACCACUGCCACGUGGAGGAGAGUGAACAUGUCCUGAAGAAGGCGCACAAGUACAGUGAGCUGAUCAUCCUGUAUGAGAAAAAAGGGCUACAUGAAAAGGCCCUGCAGGUUCUAGUGGACCAAUCUAAGAAAGCAAACUCUCCGCUUAAAGGUCACGAAAGGACAGUGCAAUACCUGCAGCGCCUGGGAGCAGAGAACAUUAAGUUGAUGUUUGAAUACUGCAUUUGGGUGCUUAGGGAUUAUCCCGAGGAUGGACUGAAGAUAUUUACCGAAGACUUGCCCGAGGUGGAAAGUCUGCCGAGGGAUCUCGUGCUAGCGUUUUUAUUGGACAACUUUAAACACUUGGCGUUUCCAUACCUGGAACACGUUAUACUCACCUGGGAAGAACGGGGUCCAGAUUUUCACAACUGUCUGAUCAAGCUGUACUGUGAAAAGGUGCAGGCUCUGAUGCAAGCUCUGCCCAAAGACUCUGCUUUUAAUGAAGUAGCGAGUACUGGAACAGUAGCUGCUGGGACAGAGAAAGGAGAGCUGGGUGAAUUCCGUCGCAAACUCCUCAACUUCCUGGAAAUAUCUGACUCUUACCAACCAGAACGGCUGAUCAGCAACUUCCCAUUUGAUGGACUGUUGGAGGAGAGGGCCCUCCUCUUAGGACGGAUGGGGAAACAUGAACAAGCUCUGUUCAUUUAUGUUCAUAUCCUGAAGGAUACCAACAUGGCAGAGCAGUACUGUCAUAAACAUUAUGACCCUAACAAGGAAGGCAAUAAGGAUGUCUACUUGUCCCUGAUAAGGAUGUAUCUGUCUCCACCUGAUGUUCACUGUCUUGGCCCGAUCAAAAUUAAGUUAGACGAGCCAAAGCCAAACAUUAAGGCGGCGCUUUCUGUUUUGGAGCAGCAUCAUGGAAAACUGAACACAACCAAGGCCAUAAACUUGCUGCCGGCAAACACUCAGAUCAAAGACAUUCAGAUCUUCCUUGAGAAAGUGCUUGAAGAGAAUGCCCAGAGGAAAAGGUUUAACCAGGUUCUUAAGAACUUGCUGCAUGCAGAGUUUUUGAGGGUACAAGAGGAACGGAUAUCUCAUCAGCAGGUGAAAUGUGUGAUCACAGAGGAGAAAAUUUGCCGCGUGUGCAAGAAGAAGAUUGGAAACAGCGCCUUUGCUCGAUAUCCCAAUGGCAUGGUUGUCCAUUAUUUUUGCUCCAAAGACGUCAGCUCUGCGGACACUUGAAAGUAUCCCCAUAAAACGAAGAGACUCAAAACCGAAGCGAGGACUUUGCGACGGCACUAAGCAGCUCGGACCCUGGUGUAGUGAGCUGUGUGCGUAGCGCCUAUGACACGGUCCCAUGCGGAUAUUAUUUAUAGCGGUCAUUGGGUUACACUUGUCUCAUCUAACUAGGCUCAAGCCUUAACACCCUUAUGGGUCAACAUGUCUGACAUCGAGUUUACACUAGACUGUCUGUAGGUCGUCACAGAUGAAGAAGGGCGAUUUCUAUUAAGGUAUCGAAGUUUUGCACACUGUAGUCUUUUGAUGAAUUUUGCAACAAACUGCGACAGCAACUUGGAAGCUGUCAAUCAUUUUACUCUCUACUUUGGUUGGAUGUACGUUACUUUAUGUUUGGAUGCAGACGCAAUACUUUAUUUGGACCUAUGACACUACCACUGGUAUUUAACCCAUUCCCUGCAGAGUUUCUCCAGCGCCAAACCACCGGCUUGUGGCAGGCUACAUCUCGCAUAAUUGAUUCCCCUCCACUUUAGAUGUUGAGUUCAACCAAACAUCCUGUUACAAAAUGCAUUACAUUUAUGUGUAAAAAUCAUAAAAAUCAGCAAUAUAGGCCUGAGCAUUGUUGGGGUACGCAAUUCAUCAAUCCAAAAUCCAGACUUGCCUAGAUCGGUCUUACAAGCCUUCCACAAAAUGGUAACUGCACUCCUUGGUUCACAGAACAUUGACUUGCAGCAAUGGGUUGCUUUUCCAUCACGUGGUUCCAGUGCCAUUAAGCAUCCCUUGAUGCAAGAAGGGUUGAGCUGACCUGCACUAUGCAUAAUUAAACGGGAACACCCGCCAUUUGUUUUAUGAUAUCACAUUAAAAAAUGAGUUUUCAAAAAA